AUGGAUCAAAGUGUGUAGCAAUUACUUUAUGUUCAGAAACUAAUAUUAAUGGAGGUUGUGUCACAGGAUAUGAUGGAAUUUGUGUAUAAUCAGUCCUAGAAUUAAAUUCUCUAGAAUCAGCAGUUUGUUAACCAUAUAAAUCUUGUGAGAAAGUUUUCUACAUAACUCAUGAAUAAUGUUAAUAAGCUAAUAGAAAUUGUACUACAAAUGGAAAAACUAGUUGCAUAGAUUUAACUGAAUGUUAAUUAUAUUAAUCUUAAGUUGGAUGUGUUAUAAAUAAAACUGGUCUUAAUGUUUAAUCUGGAAUUGUAAAGUCAACUGGACUAUGUACUUGGGAUGCAAAAAAUAAUUAGUGUAGAGAUUAAGAUUGUUCUGAUUAUAUCAGAACCACCCAUCGAGAAUGCUUUGGAAUAUUAUCAACCUGUACUUCAAAUGGAGAAACUUGUAUUAAACAAGAAUUAUGCUCAUCUUACACCACCUAAGUUAUUUGUGAAACUGCUGUUGGCUCUGAUGGUAUUUGCUUUUGGGAAUAUGCAUCAUUAAAAAAUAAUAAUAAUGCCACUUGUAGAUUACUUAUUUGUCAAGAUAUUUAAAACAGUUUAUCAAAUAAUGUAUGUUUAGCUUCUUCACUUUCUUGUGUUAUAGAUAAUGAUAAUAUUUGUAUUCCAAAAGCAAAUUGUUCUACUUAUACUUCUAAAUCAGCUUGUAACUAUGGAGGAUUAGAUGGAAUUUGUGUUUUCAAAUAAUAAAAUGGUAUAAAUUCUAUUUCUGGAAUUGGAACAUGUACUUUAAUGAGAGACUGUAGUGCAGCCAAUGAUGAUUAGAAUGCUUGUUAAGCAGCAAAAGAUAGAUGCUUAUGGAUACCAGAAUUGAUAAUAUAAGGUCUUGCUACUCCAAGUAAAUGUUCUGCUCUUGAUUGUACUUUAAAUUGGGCAAAAAAUGGUUAUUGCAAUAGAAUUUUAAAUUGGGAUAAAACGUCUUAGUAAAUAUGUAAACUUAUAAAUGGAACUUGUGUUGCCAUAAAUCCUAUUACUCUUUCAUCUAGUGAGUGUUUAAAGAUAUCUGGUUAUACCUACACUUGGAAUACAUCUAAAAAUUAAUGCUAGGUUUGUAAACCAUCAAAGCCAAACUCUAACCAAAAUAAUGAUACAGGGGAAGAAGAAAAGAAUGAAAAUACAGAAUCAACAUCUUCUAACUAAAUUUUAAGUAUAAUUGGUUUAAUGGUUAUAGAUUAUCUAAUAUCGUGA